UAUUCCUUUUUACUGACGUUUUGAUUAUAACGAAGAAAAAAGGGGAAGAACAGGGUUACACCGUGCUCGAUUACUGUUCGAGGAACAUGAUCCAGAUCCAGGAGGAAUUCGAUGAAACUAUGUUGCCUGGAAAACUUCCCGAUGGAAUCAACAAGGCCCACGUCAUGCUGGUUACUCUGCUGGAAAAUCGGGAAGGCAAAACUGUGGAAAUGGUAUUGGCUUGCCCUGGAGACUCUGAACGAGCUCGAUGGACAGAAGCUGUUACCCCGAGACGAUCCAGUGACCCUAACGAAGUGAUAUACGAGGAAUGGGACUGUCCCCAAGUCCAAGCCAUUCACCCGUACACGGCUCAGCAGCCUGACGAGCUCAGCCUUGAAACGUCCGACGUCGUCAACGUUUUCAAGAAAACUGCUGAUGGGUGGUAUCAAGGCGAAAGGAUCCGCGACGGAGAACGCGGCUGGUUCCCUGGCAACUUUUGCGAAGAAAUCGCGUCUGCACACGUCAGGGCCCGAAACCUUCGUCAGCGAUACCGAUUACUUGUCCUUUCCGGCUCUUACUUGGAGGAGAAGCGACGUGUCAGUGUCGGCAAGGCGGCCAUGUUCUACGUGCCUUUGGCGGCGGACGCCGCCGUCGCCACCACCACUACCACCACCACCGCCGCCACCGCCGUCGGCAACAAUAAUAAUAAUAAUAAUAAUAAGCGUCGCGAACGAAAGUCCGCCUCUUCCGUCUUCGCCCCUGCCAUGUGAACCGAGUCGGGGGUUUUCAUGUAGUUUCAAUUUUGUUCACGCUGUUGUGUUUUUUGUGUCUUUGGAGAUUUUAAAUUUUUCAAAUGGAUUAUUCUUCGCAACAGCUAUUGUCGGAUUCGAACCCCCUGUGCUCGGGUUUUCUUUUUUUUAAUUAUUGUGUCUGCCCUCACGGCUUCAUGUCAUCGCCAAACGAUGAAAGUUCACGUUGAUUAAAAGCGACUAAGUUUCUCAGAAGAAAAAAGUUGACUUUCUAAUUGAGAAGAUCUGAACUCUUUUUUUUUCCGUGAGUUGCGUUAAAAUUUGUGAAGGAAAAAUUGCUGGUUUUUCCUCUUCUUUAUAUUUUGUGUCGUAUGAGUAACGCAGUUGGGAGUUUCCAUCGUUACUAAACAAAAUGGUUGUGAUUUUUCGUUCUCUCAAUGCCCACGCAAUAUUUUGCUUGAU